AAAGUGUACCUGUAGUUUGAAUUUAGUAAGAAAACACAAAACUGUGAAACAAAGGAAAAUUUAUAAAUUUGGUACAGCCAGAGAAUUAACACAUCAAUUAUUGAGCUGUAAAGGUUUAUAAAUAUAUAUCUAGUGAAAAAUGUUGGGAUUGACGCGCCUUGGGCUGCGUCGUUUUGGUACCCAUUCUCAUCUCAGGAACGACGGUAAAAUCAAUUUAACUGAGGUAUUACAGAAGUCAGUUUUAUCUAAUCCAGAAAAACCUGUGCUGAAGAACAAGGAACCUGCAUAUGUGGCAGGUUCCGAAUUUCUUCCUAGACCUUACUAUUUGCAUGCCAAAUGUUUAAAGAAUAACACUCAUGUCACCCUGUGCAACCCCGAUAAAAAAAUUAUCUUCAAAGCAUCUGCUGGAUCGUGCGGAUUUCGAAAAGGAAAGAGACGCGGAUAUGAUACUGCUUAUACUGUAACCUCAAGGGUCCUCGAGCAAAUUCGUCUGAAAAAUCUAAGUAUUGAGAACUUAUAUGUUGUUUUUCGAGGAUUUAGUCAAGCUCGUGAGGCUGUUCAGAAUUGUUUACUAGGCCAGGAAGGUUCAAUAAUUCGAGAUAAAAUUGUCAAAAUCAUGGACAAAUCUGCCAUUAAGUUCGGUGGCCCCCGUGGAAGAAAUGAAAGAAGAAUUUAAUGUUGUUUCAGUACUUUAAAUCUGACUCUCUUGACUCGGACAUGCUUACCUAAAACCAGUCGUCAUUUAUUCCCCAUAAUCUUUAUUUUGAACGAUAGUAAAAGAUAUACACUUUUGAUACAAAUCUAUAUAAAACCUUCAUAUGUCUUUAUUUAGACCAUCCCUAAAAAAACAAAAAACGAAAAGA